AUGACUCGUGACACGAGUAAAGAGGCCAUGAAGGCCAAACAGUCCGCCAUUAUCAACCACCUUCAGCAGCUCCGGCAAGCCCUCAGCUCCGUCAGAACUCCCAACUUUGAGAUUGAUGAGCUCUCUGAGAUGGGUUUGAAAGCCGUCAGGGUUGAAUUAGCACCAGAUAAGGAGGUUUUAGACUUUAAUCCAUGUUUUUUCCUGCCCCAGCCUACAUCCAUGUUGGAGUAUCCCAUUACGGAGGGCGGGAUACCUGAUCUCGAGACGAAGCGCACCGACGAAACAUAUCCAUGGAAGGCGGAGCUUUCACGUCUCACUUGGCACAUUGUCUCCCAGGUGGUUUGCAAACGCUCUGGGAUUUAUACCGACGGGCGAGAAUGUUUGGGAGCACUCUCACCACUGGGGUACCCGUGGGAGAUCUUUCCAAGGGUGGAGGGCCGUGUUUCUAUCGACGCAGGGGACAGGAUCGGGAAUGGGCACUGGUACACAUCGUCAGCCUACCUCGACAACUCCGUCUUCGAAGACGAAUCUGCUGCAAUGCCCCACGCAAUGAUCAUACUCUGCGUUCACUAUCGUGCGAACGACACGAGCCUCACCCAUGCUGAAGUCUGUGGGCUUCUCCAUUAUAUGUAUCACUGGUAUGAUCUGGAAUUUGAACAAUAUGCGACGGGUCCCGUGAGUAUACGCCUUCUUUACUGA